CUUAUCUGAUCUUAUCUCAAAGUCACUCGUGAACUUGAUAUACAGCGGCAAAGCCUAGUUCCUGUAACAAUGUCCAUGGCUAACAGCAGCAACCCACAAGUCAUAACCUGCAAGGCGGUGGUAUGUUGGGGAGUGGAUGAGGAACCGAAGGUGGAAGAGAUUCAAGUAGAUCCACCAAAAUCAUCUGAAGUUCGAGUUAAAAUGCUGUAUGCAAGUGUCUGCCACACUGAUGUGAUCAGCACCAGAGGAUUCCCAGGGGUUAGCUUAUUUUUUCCAGUACUUUGAGCAUGAUUUUUGUGAGAAAAUAAUACAUAUCAAUUUGACUU